AUGGCGCUGCCUCACCUCCGCUGCCGGGCCUAUGCCUGUGCGGGCCGCUGGCCGGGGUCGCCCGUGCUCCUCGAGCUCUCGGGAGGAAUGCGAUGGGGGCGGGGGCUUGUCACAUUCACCCCACGGAGCUGCCUGUCCCCCAGCCCGUGCUCUGGCCGUGCUGCUGCGCUGAGACUGCAGCUUUCUCGUGGGGCUCGGGCCACUGUAUUUCCACAAGUGCCAGCCACUGAGCCCACGGGAGGGAUAGAGGGGACCUCCGCAAGACUGGCAGAGAAUCCGCUACCUCACUAUAACAUAGUGGCCGCCAUCAUCAUGACUCUGCCCCUAUUUUUUAAAAUGUACUCCAAUGAGGAGUUUGUGAGUGUAACAACACAAACAACAAAUGGGUUGAUAUCCCCAAGAGUGGAUGAAGACAUGCCCUCAUUUCAGUAUUGUCAUGCCAACUUGAUCAAAGAUCUGCUGACUAUCAUCAUUGCCUUGGUGGGACUGGCAGGAAAUGGAGUGGUCAUCAGUCUCCUGGGAUGCUGCAUGCACAGGAACGCCAUCUCAAUCUAUAUUCUCAACCUGGCUGUAUCUGACUUCCUCCUCCUCUGCUGCCAGUUUAUUAGCUCCCUGCUUUACAUUUACUGUGAUAGAAAUUAUUUUAUCUUUCUCUACAUAGCACUUUUUCCAUAUAUCACAGGUCUGAGCAUCCUCAGUGCCAUUAGCAUAGAGCGCUGCCUCUGUGUCCUAUGGCCCAUCUGGUACCGCUGCCACCGUCCAAAACAUAUGUCAGCUGUCAUGUGUGCCCUACUUUGGACCCUGUCCCUGUUAUUCAGCUUUCUAAAAUAUUACUAUUCUGGUUUGCUUAAUGAGACUUUUGGUUUUUAUAUCUUGAGAAUGGUUGAUAUUAUCAUAGUUGCAUGGCUUAUUUUUUUACUACUAAUUCUAUCUGUGUCCAGCCUAGUCCUGGUGGUCAGAAUCUUUUAUGGUUCCAGACGGAUGACUCUUACCAGGCUCUAUGUUACCAUUCUCCUCACAGUCCUGGUCUACCUCAUCUGUGGCCUACCCUUUGGAAUUUACUGUUUCCUACUAUGGUGGCUUCCAGUCAAUCUUCCUUACUUCCUUACUCAACAACUUGUUUCUGUCACAAUUAUACUAUCCUGUAUUAACAGCUGUGCCAACCCCAUCAUUUACUUCUUAAUUGGCUCCUUUAAUCAGAAGCACAAGAGUCUUAAACUGGUCCUUCAGAGGGCUCUGCAGGAUUCCCUUUAG